ACCAGUCUGUCAGUUGUUUUAACAGAAGUUUAUUUUUAUCAACAAAAACUUUAGUUUGUGAAAGUCGACUGUUCUUUAAACCUUCACUUUAAAAACUAGUUUCACAUAACGUUUUAGUUAUAACCAACAUGUGUAUUUUUUAAGUAAUCUAUUAAUUGUGCGGGUUAUAUUUAUAUAAAUUUUUGUGAAAAUGUCUCAAACUUUUAGUAAAAUAAUUCCAGUUACUUCAAGUAUUCCCACUAGUUGUAUGGAUUAUGUUCAUCCUUGGACAGAUAGUUGUCUGCAAGCAAUUUGUGGUUUAUAUCUUUAUUGCAUGUUCGAUUCCUUGAGGGUAUAUGGAACUGUAUAUGUGUUAACACUGUUAAUGAAAGGUAGGAUUCCAACAAAGGAUGAUAUUAAAAAGACUCUUUAUGGUAUUGUACAAUCUACAGCGUUUCUUAGUGGAACGGGAUUUGGAUAUUCACUAUUUUUGUGCACUUUGAGGCGACUAUUAGGACAUUUCAAUAUCUUAACAGUUUCAGCGAUGCCGGCAUUUCUGGCUAGUGUCUUUUCGAUUCUAAUAGAAAGGCCAAGCCGAAGAACGUUGUUGUGCUUAUAUGUUAGCAAUGUAGCUACAGAAACUGUAUGGAAUAUGGCUAGGUCGAGGAAUUGGGUGCAUAACGUAAAAUAUGGAGAUGUAGCAAUCUAUAGUAUUAGUAUGGCUCUGCUUUUAACCUAUUUUAAAGGCGGAUACCACAAGAAAUCUGACAGUAAAUCGGAUUCAAUGUUUCGGGUAUUAAGGUUUGUUGUGGGUCCUUACGAAGAAAAAGACUAUAGCACGAGAUCCAGUCAAGUGAACAGUUUUUAUAGGCAACAAGUACAAAACAAUCCCAAUGAUGGAUCAAGAAAUAGGUCUGGUAGUUGGCAGACAAGAAACCAAAAAAAUGUAGUCCUCCAUUUAGUUAACCAAAUGUUGCGUGUUUAUAAGAAAAUUGUAUAUAAAAUAAAGUGCUGUGAUAGACAUAUUGCCUGCCCACAUCCUUUCAGCUGUUUAUAUUAUACCAUGGAAGGCGCUGGCAAAAUGUUUAGUAUAGGAUUAGGGAUCCAGAUAUCUCUUAAGCUAGUCCUUAACAUGAAGAGGAUAUUUCAGUCUCCAAGAAACUUAAAGGGAAUUCUUUUUAAAAAGGAAAUAUUAAAUUUGGCCUCGUUUUUAGGGGUGUACUCAGGAAUAUUUAGGGCUUCGCUGUGUAUUCUAAGGCGGCUGAGAGGCAAGGAUAGUCCGUCCCAUGCGCUGCCUGCUGGAUUAGUAGCGGGGUUGGCUUUUACAAGGUAUCCAGACACGACUGUGGCUUUAUAUGUUAUGUGGAAAGCCGCACAGAUUACUUAUAAUCUGGGAAUCGACAAGGGUGUGUUUCCAAAAGUACCUGGUUUUACGGAAUUUUUGUACUGCUUUAGUACUGCUAUUCUCUUCCAUGCUGCUAUACUAGAACCAACCAAUUUAAGGCCGAGUUAUUGGAAAUUUUUACAUUCCAUUUCAGGAGGAAGAAUCGCUUGCAUGAGCAGAGCUCCAUUAGAUAUCUGGGGACUUAAUACUUCUGAAUCCUUAAAAAAAGUGCUAGCCCAAACCAAAACAGUUCCAGUAGUUUAUUUUUGAUGGUUCUAUCUUUGUAGGAGUUUAUUUUUUUACACAUUUGACUGUUUGUAGCUGAGGGGAACCAUGUGAUGCAAACAUAUUAGAGAAAUUUAAUGUUAAGGUGACUAAAUUGGUAUGAAAUGGAUGAUUAAAUUUAAACAAAUUUGAAGUCCAUUUAGUAUACAUUACAAAUAUUAUCCAAGACAAAACAUGAGAAAGUUCCAUCCGGAUCUUCUGUUUGUUACUUUUUUCUAUUGAAUAAUUUUCCACGACAUUUGCCGAUUCUGUUUUUGUACAAAUUUUGGGGUUUUUUAUCCCAGGGAGAUAGAUAAAUAGUAAUUCUGAUGGUAUGGGCUCGAUUUUCAAGAAAAAAUUGAUCAGUGAAAACCACAUGUUGCCUUCUUGAUUCGUUUAAAAAAUCCAAGUUAUUUUUUAUUUCCGGUAAUUUUUAAAAUUUUUCCUUUGAAAUUUUUUUUUUUUGAGAGGCUUAUUCAAUUAUUUUGCAGAAUCCGGUAGUAUACACAAUAUUUUUCUAUAACUUCUUGUUUUUUCUUUCAAAUGAUGUCUCAUGCAUGAUAUCUGCAUAUUAAUACAUUUUUUAAAUAUUUCUUUGGAAUUUAAUAGCUCCUGUAUACAAUAAAGUAGAUUGUAUCUGACAUCGAAGAAAAUCUCUGCCACACUAAUUGCAAUAAAUUUUAAAAAAAAUGUUCUAAAAAGAAAAUACAUAUUUUUAAAAAUAAAGCGGGGCUAAAUCGAAAAAUAUAUUGAGUUCUAUUUAAAAGAAUUUAAGUCUGGUUUAUAACUGGGAAACUGAAAAAUAUCACAUACAUCACUCGAUUCUUUAUGAAACAUUGAAUAAAAACUGACUGCAUGAAUAGAAAAUUUUCAGAAGAAAAAAAAAAUUUAACAGCACAGCAAGCAAAUGCUACAAUGUUUUCAAUAAAUAUUAUUAUUUUGAAAAUGUAGAUGGAAAUAAAGAUGAACAUUCACAUGUAAACUUUGAACAAAUCCCGAACAAAUAACAAAU